AUGUCACAAAAUCAAUAUUCUACAGUCAUCUUGGACGCGGAAAGAAAGUCGAAUGAAAGAGGUGUUAUUGCGCGUGUCCCCCGCCGCGCUGAUGGUACGGUCCACUCCGCCGCGAGCCCCUCUUUGAUCCGCCGCCGCUCGCUCAGUUCUAGAGCAGAUGAACGGAUUCGGUCCGGAUUUUCACGGUUUACGAGUCACGGAAGAGCCAUGCGCUCGCGGCAGCCGCUGUGCGGAGAUUAACGCGCGUUUCCCGUCUAAACCAGCGCUCGGUGUGUGUUUGAGAGGCUUGCGCGGAUUCCAGGCUCGAUCCGCGGACCGGAGUAACGGAGCGCCGGUCCCAUGUUGCAACCGAACAGACACGACCACGACCGCUCCAAAGAUCCGGUGAAAUACGGAGAACUGGUGAUUCUCGGGUAUAAUGGCUCUCUUCCCGGAGGAGACCGCGGUCGCAAGAGGAGCCGCUUCGCUCUUUACAGAAGAGCCAAAGCCAACGGCGUCAAGCCCAGCGCCGUCCACAUCCUCAGCAACCCACACGACAGCAAGGCGGUGAACAGCAGGGGGCAGCACAGCAUCUCCUUCACCCUCUCCAGGAACCAGACCGUGGUGGUGGAGUACUGCCAUGAUAACGACACCGACAUGUUCCAGAUCGGUCGCUCCACCGAGAGCCCUAUAGACUUCGUGGUGACGGACACACCAGGAGCGUCCCAGGAGAGCGAAGACUCGUCCUCUGCACCCAGCACCAUCUCACGCUUCGCCUGCAGGAUCGUCUGCGACCGAAACCCUCCCUACACGGCCCGCAUCUACGCCGCCGGCUUCGACUCCUCCAAGAACAUCUUCCUCGGGGAGAAAGCAACGAAGUGGAAGAAUCCGGACGGUCACAUGGACGGACUGACCACCAACGGCGUCCUGGUGAUGCAUCCUGUGGGUUUCCCAGAAGAGCCCAAGCAGGGUCUGUGGAGAGAGAUCUCUGUGUGUGGAGACGUGUACGCUCUCCGAGAGACCCGGUCCGGACCCAUCCGAGGACAGCUGGCUCAGGGUGAGAGCAGUGCUCUUCAGGACGGGUCUCUGGUGGAUCUGUGCGGGGCGACGCUGCUCUGGCGGACGGCUGACGGUCUGCUGAAGGCCCCGACCCUGCGGCACCUGGAUGCUCUGCGUCUGGAGCUGAACGCGGCGCGGCCGCAGUGUCCCGUGGGUCUGAGCACGCUGGCCUUCCCCAGUCUCCCGCGGAGCCACAGUCUGGAGGAGCGCCAGCCCUGGGCCUAUCUCUCCUGCGGACACGUGCACGGCCGACACGACUGGGGCCAGCGACCCGAGGGUCACCGCGAGCGCAGCGAGGGCCCCGGGGGCCGCCGUGAGUGUCCGCUCUGCCGGAGUCUGGGGCCGUACGUCCCGCUGUGGCUGGGGGCAGAGCCGGGCUUCUACACGGACGCCGGGGCCCCGACUCAUGCCUUCGUUCCUUGCGGUCACGUGUGCUCGGAGAACACGGCUCGGUACUGGGCCGUCACGCCGCUGCCUCACGGGACACACGCCUUCAGACCCACCUGCCCCUUCUGCUCGGCCCCGCUGGCCGCCGGCCCCGGGGUCACACGCCUCAUCUUCCAGGGCCCCAUCGAUUGAUGAGGGGGCCGAACGAGGGCCGAAAGGAGUCUCACGAGGGGCUGUGUUAGAAACAUGCUGCUUUAGAGUCAAAUCAGUGUUGUUUAUAUAAUGUACUGAAUAAAUUCCUCCAUGCCCAUCAAAAAAGGUUAUAAAUAAUAUGCUGCUUUUAAGUCACAUCAUUUACCAUAUUUUUUGGAUUAUAAGUCGCACCUAAGUAAGUCACAUUUAUUUAGAGCCAAGAACCAAGUUAAAACAUGACCGUCUCCAGCCGCCAGAGGGCGCUCUAUGUCUUCAGUGUAGACUACAGGAGAACUGAGCAGCAUAGAGCGCCCUCUGGCGGCUGGAGACGGUCAUGUUUUCUCUUGGUUCAUGUCAAAUUAAUUUUGAUUAGUCGCACCUGACUAUAUAAUUUUGAUAAGUCGCAGCCAAACUAUGAAAAAAAGUGUGACUUAUAGUCCGGAAAAUACGGUAUAUGUUUAAGUGCCAGCUUAAUGAGUUAAAGUAAUGUCGAUGAAUAACGAACUUAGCUGAUGUGAUCGUUUAGCCAGAAAUAAUCAUUCUGUCAUCAUUUACUCGUGUCACUCAAACUCACAUGAAGAAAUAUUUCAAUGUUUGAAACCAAACUGUAAUAGUAUUAUAGUUUUACAGUUAAAAUCUCAAAUAAUUAUUUUUAGUAUAUUCAUUUUCUGAAAUAUUAUUUUUUACAUUUACAGUGGAAUAUUACAGGAGUUCUAUUGUAUUUUUUAGUUAUUUAAAAUACACAUUUUUUUUAAAGUAUCAUUAUUAUUAUAAUUACUUUUAUAUGUUGAAGAAAUAUAUUUUUUACACCUUUUUAUUAAUAGUUGUAGUUUAUAGCCUCUUUUUCUUAUAAUAUAAAAUAACAUCUAGCUUGCAUUUUAACUGUUCGUUAACACUUUUAUUAAUCAAGGAUGCAUUAAAUUGCUCAAAAGUGUCACUAAAAACGUUUAUAAUGUUAUAAAAGAUUUAUAUUUUAAAUAAAUGCUGUUCUUUUGAACUUUCUAUUCAUCUGUGAAUCCUAAAAAAUAAAAUGUAUCACAAUUUACACAAACAUAUUAACAGCUUUCAACACUGAUAACAAUCAGAAAUGUUUCUUGAGCAGUAAAGCAUCAUAUUAUUCUGAUUUCUGAAGAUCAUGUGACACUGAAGACUGGAGGAAUGAUGCUGAAAAUACAGCGGAGCAUCACAGAAAUAAAUUACACUUUAACACAGAUUCACACAGAAAACAGAUGAUUUACAUGACAAUAAUAUUUCACUAUUUUUACUGUAGUUUUGAUCAGAUAAAUGCAGCACUGGUGAGCAGAAGAGACAUAAAAUCAAACCGAAUCAUAAGUGUGCUACAAAGCGUCCAGUGUUUAUCAGGAAUGAAUGCAUUUGGCCGACAAGUAUUGCAGUUUGCGACAGCAUUAGUUUGUAACACAGCCCCGAGCUCGUCUGAAGUGAAGUAGAUUGGAGAUUCCUGACUGCUUUCGCUCCUCUGUGGCCUGCAGCGCUCUCUCAGUACAUCACAACCCUUGCGUUCAGCAAUAAACCCUGGAGGAUGAGGAGGAAGCGGUUCCAGCCGUGUGCUCCUCUUCCUUUAGCUCGUCCUGGCCGUGUGUUUAGUUCUGUUCCUCUUCUUCCUCUUCUUCUUCUUCUUCUUGUUUUAGCAUUAAUGACAGUUGUAGCUGCAGUGUAUGCCGUAGUGGUUUGAAAUGGUCGAGAUGUCAUAUUUUUCUACAUGACUGUGUUACUAAACUUUUGACUUGAGGUCAGAUUGUUUUAUAUACAAGUGUUUCACAUAUAGCAGUAUAUAGAUUAUAUAUAGCUCUAUAUCUAUAUAUAUAUAUGAAUAUAUAUUAUUUUCUGUACAUGAUAUGAUUUGAGUCCAGGAGAGCUUGACCACAAGCACUGCACAAAAUCAUUCUCUCACAGUCGUUUUAUUUUGUUUUCUAGAAGUUCUUAAAUCAAGAUGAAUUUACCGGACAAGUAAAAUGAUUCAAGACAGUCUUAUUUCCUGUAAAAUACUGAAACAGUGUUCGUUUUUGCUUAAAACAAACCAAAUAUCUGCAAAUUAAGUUUUGAAUUAAGAUGUUCUUCUUACACCACUAGCAGAUAUUUUUGUUUGUUUUAAGCAACAACGAACAAAGUUUUGAUAUUCUCAAUAUCUUAAAUCAUUUUACGUGCAUCUUCAUUUAAGAAUAUUUCUACUAGAAAACAAGGUAUAAAUAUCUAACAUGAGUUUGUGCAGUGAGCGCUGGAUCCGUGUGAUGAAUGUCUCCGAUCUCUCUGGUGCUAACAAUGAUUUCAAACGCUGAUUUUAAUUGCGAUUGUUUUGCGCUGAACUUCACUGCACUCCUGGAAAACCUCUGAUUGUUUUGCUUCUGAAAGGUUAGCGCUUUAUAAUGACUUUCAUCAUGAACCAACACGUCAUGAUGCGCUUAUACGUUCAGAAAAUGACUAAUGAUCUGUUAUGCAAAUUAGCGCGCUGUAGAAACAUUGUUGCAGUCAGCUGUCACAACUUUUAAAGGAAUGUUUCACCACAAAAUGAAAAUGUGUUCCCCAUAGACUAGGAUGAGUUUGUUUCCUCAUCUGAAAUGUAGCUUUGCAUCAGUGUCUCAUCAAUGGAUGCACUAAAGUGAAUGGGUGCCGUCAGAAUGAGAGUCUGAUAAAAACAUCCCAAUAAUCCACAGCACUCCAGUCCAUCAGUGAACAUCUGGAGAAGACACAAAUGCAUUUGUAAUACACUCUCAUUCUGACGGCACCCAUUCACUUUAGUGCAUCCAUUGAUGAGACACUGAUGCAGUGCUACAUUUCUGAUGAGGAAACAAACUCAUCCUGAUCUCAGAUGGUGAAUUUUCAGCACAUUUACAUUUUUGGGUGAAGUAGCUUUAAUUAAAAGUGCAGUGUUGAAAUGUUUAUUGAUGAAGGUUAGAUAUAAAGCGUUAGCGGACAGGAAUAUGGCUAUAUUGUUCCACGUUUGCCUGCACACCUCGCACUGUGCAUCUCUGAGCAUUAUAAGCUAAGCACUUGACAAAGCUUCGUAUCGCAGGGUUUAGAGACAGAAUAGCUCUACUUUACCUCACAAGCUGUAGAAGAGACCUCAGUUUAUGACCGUGUAUUUUAACAGGCUGAUCAAGCGACUAUAAGCCGUCUGGAUCACUUUUCGCUCGUUCUAAAUAGUCGCUUUUCCUUGACAUCGUGAGAUUGCUGUUUGAAACAAGGCUUCGUUGCAGGAGCCAGUUUCUUGCAUUCUCAAAUCUCUGCAACAGAUCACCUAAAAAUGAACUAAAAAAAUAAAGGACCAUUUGUGAUGCAGCUCUUUUACAUGCACAGACACUAAUCCAUAUGCACUCUAUUUAUAAUGAUAUAAAGUCACUAUGCACUGAAUCUCCGCCACAGAUCAUAUUCAUGUUAAAAAUGCUGCAUUGGUGCAUUGCACCAGGUUUAACGUCAUUAACACUAAAAUGCCACUGAUUUUAAUUGUCAGCGCAUAGAAAAGAGCUGCGUGAAGGUUUCGUUCAUACAAUUCAUAAUAAUGAGAUUUAAGACAAAUUAUCAUUAAAAAAAAUCCCCUUUUAUUAUGGCUUGGACAAAACGCUGCACAUUUCUUUUUGAAACUGAAAUAUGUCAAAUAACAAAACAAAAUUGAAGUUAAAAAUAAAUAAAUAUGUCCAUAUAUAUGUGCUCUUUCCCUUUAAAAUGAGAGGCAGCCACUGUAUUUUAAUCGCGAUCCAAACAGAAGCUGGAUGCGUGCAGCAUGAGCAGUGUUUAAUCUAGAUUAGACUAUGAUCCUGACAUCUGAAGCAAAAACAGAGCAGUCUGAGUUUGGUGUUGUCAAGCUAUGUUAUAUGAAACAUCUAAAGGAAACAGAAACAGCAGACGCUCUGGUUUAGAGCACAAGUUCAGUCUCUGCCAGCAGGGGGCGCUUACAGAACAGCAGCGAGAGCGUUUCCUUGAUUAUCAUCGGUUCUGAACACUACAAAUACAUUAUACAGAGGCUAAAUGACAAGAAAACACCAUCUAAGCUUUUCGAAAGAUCUCCUCAGAGAUGUGUUCAGAGAAACCGCUUUGAAUCGAUGCACGGUGCGUCGUUACAUAACAGUGAUGUUUUCAUCUUUGGGUGAUCUGUUGCUUUCCUCUGGAAUCGCUGCUUCCCUCAAACUACAGAAGAGGAUCAGAAAAGUUCAUCAAGGCUGUCCUAAGACCAGACCGCAUUUAGGUUUCAGGACAACCUUGAGGAAAGGUCUCGCUCCUCUUCAAACGAUGACUACUGUAGUUCUCUGAGAAACGGAUCCGCGGCGUUCUGUAGCAGAAAAUCCCUCUCUGUGUCUCUGCGUCUUCCAAACGAGCUCGUGUGAAUGCUGUUCCACUCAUUCUCAGCUCAGGUUUACACUAGUCCAAGUUUACACGCGUGGCUAGCAGGGUUAGGAUUGUUGUGUUGAGUGAAGCGCAGACGGGAUCGGUCGUGUUCGCUCGCAGGACUUCUGUGUGAUGUAGUCCCACACUGGAUGGCGUGAAAACCUGUCGGAUCGUUGUCGUUUAUGUUCCUUUGGAAUGAGAUGUGAAGAUGCUGCACCUUGUGUUUGACCCACUGAAUAAAACCUCGAUCUCAGACUAGAGUCCUGACCUUUGACCUUUGACCUUACCACUGCCACAAUGCACUUAAACCUGUACAAGGCUGCUUUCUCACAGCGGACCGAUCCGAACUGAUGCUUAAACUCAAGGUGCACUGACGAUCACUAAUCAUGACACGAAUAAAAGAGAUCUUUGCAUACAGACA